ACUGACAUGGAUUUUCCGUGUGCUGUUUAAGUAACAGAUUUUAAGGCACAAUCCGUUGAUUUAAACGUAGUAGUAAAGAGCUAUUGUUAGGAUUAAUGCCUCAUGGUCGUGACAUUUGACGAGAUAGUUGAAAAUUACUAGAGGCCGCAGAGUAAAUUAUCGUCUUGAUAUUGAUUAAAGGUACAUUGAUGGUUUGGUGGCUUGUGUAGUCUGCUUGUACCAUGACCCAAACAAAACCACUCUUCGUUCCCUGGUUGCACGAGCAAAUCCAAAGUGGAAAGUACCCUGGAGUGGGUUGGAUAAAUCUGGAACAAACCCAGUUCAGCAUUCCCUGGAAGCAUGCUUUAAGACAAGACUCUAACAGUGAAGAUGUCCUCAUAUUUAAGGCAUGGGCUCAAACUGCUGGAGAUGGUCGGAUCAAUGGAGACCCAUCUAUUUGGAAGAGAAACUUCCGUAGUGCUCUUCGUGUUAAAGGCUUCAAGAUGAUGUUCGACAACAAGAAUGAUACUGCUAAUCCCCAUAAAGUAUAUCAGUUUCCAACUGAUUCUCAUUCUGCUGGAUCUGAGGGGUCCCAAGAGACUGAUGCCUCACAAGAGCUGUAUAUGGGGGAGGAAGAAAUGUUCUCUGCACUCCAACCCCAACAGUUGGAGCAGUGUUUUGUUGAACUAAACCUUCAGGAAGUUUCCACACAAGGCAAUGUAAUCUGGAAUCCAGAGCAGUUACCAGUUGUGGUGCUUGGUGAACAAGAAAUGUACCAAGCUACCAGUCCAUGUUCUGAAGCACGGAUUACAACCGCAAGUGCUACUGGGAUUGACCAUUUCCCAAUACAGGAGACUCAUGGACCUUUUUCUUUAGCUGGGGGUGCUGUUGGUGGUUUGGGGCAGAUUUCGCCUCCUGAGGGGACAACAGAUAUGAGUCAUUGUUCUUCUGCUGAAAGGACUCAUGAGGCAGCAGAAGGUGCAGGUUUUCAGGUUGCCACACCUGGGAUAACUGGUACAUUGGAGACACAAUUUCAGGUUAAGGUUUAUUACAAAGGGCAGAUGAUGGUAGAUCAGUUGGUGGAAAAUGAUGCUGGUUUCAGACUGAUGUAUCAGAGAAACACGGGUGAUUUCAGCCUAAUGGAUAGUGCUCUACCAAUAGUGGAACUACCUAGUCCAGACUUUAUCUUGGACCAGAAGCAGGCCGAGCUUACGAGGGCAAUCCUGGAGAAUCUGGGGGGUGUGGAGCUCAGGAAAUUGGAUGGUGUGAUUUUUGGUCAUCGAUGGGGAAACUGCAAAGUGUACUGGAGUCAAUGCAAACAUGAAAUGACGCAAACACCCAGACAACUCGCCAAAAACACACCUGAAACAAUCUACUUAUUCAAAGAUUAUUUUUCAGGUUUGAUGGAGUUUGUACAGAGAAAUGGUGGACCAUCUCCUCAUUAUAGUCUCUACUUCUGUUUGGGAGAGAAGUGGCCAGACCCCAAAAUGAAGCCGUGGGAAAAGAAACUUAUCAUGAUAGAGGUUGUUCUGAAAUCACUGGAGUUAUUGAAGAAUAUUGCCGUUGAGAGUGGAGCUUCCUCAUUACAGUCAAUGGAGCUACAAGUCUCUCUGGACCAAAUGAUGGAGUUGUGUUAGAAAGAAGAGCUGUGACCGAGUGGAAAGCUUGAUUGCACUAAAUAGUCCUACUGAAGAACUGUUCACUCAGAAGUGCCACUGUGGUUAAAAAAUUGUUUUCGUGGUGGGCCUUGUUUGUCUCAACUAAUUUUUGCUGGUGAACAGAAUAGCUAUGCUGAACCAUGAUGGUUAAGCUGAUUUCAAAUUACAAGGAAGAUCUUUAGUAAAGGUACAAAAGAAAUAAUGAAUAAAAUGUUUACAAGAUAAGAUGGAUUUUAAAUGGAAGAACUUGCAUGCUCUCAUGACAAAGAAAGAACAGAUUCAAAGAACAUCAGGCUUUAAUAUUUUUUUUAAGUCUUUUUUACACUACUACAGUCAAAUGUUCAAAAUGUGUAAAAUGCAAUAUAUCACAUUUUAGGUUCUUUGUGAACAUCUUGACUAUUUUAACUG